AUGCCAAUUAAUGAAGAAAAUAUAGUAAAAUCUCAUAACUAAAUAGAUUUGUACCAAUAGUAUUGAGUAAUUAAAUGAAAUAAUAAUGAAGACCUCUCGCUUCCAUUGACUCUAAAUAUAGUAUUAGAACUUCCAUUAAAUUAGAAUAAACACUCAUAAUUUGUAGAAAUCCCUUCUUUUUACAUAAGAAGUUUUGAAUGGUAGAGCAAUACGAUUAAAACUUAUUAAAGCAGAAUCAAGUUUGAAUGAAUAAUCAGAUGAUAAAGUUUUUGAGAGUUUAAGAAAAUAACAAGCACUUCUAAAUAUUAUUAUUAGAUUAUAGAUUCAUUGGAGUUAGAGAUUUGCAUGUCAAAGUAUAAAUUACUCAUAUAAUCAUAAAAAAAAUAUGAUGAUGAAUUUAAUAAGUUUGGAUUGUAUUUGA